GGUCUACGUAGGGUACUGCAUCCCCUCGAUAGCAUCACUCUAUUGACUGCCGAGAACGCCGUACUAUCAUAGCAAUGCUGGAGAAUCGCACUCCCUCUGCGGCAGGGCCACUUCGGUCUCGAGCAACCUCUUCCUCGCGGCAGCCCCUCACCAGCUCCUCGCAUCAGGCCAACACUCUCAGCUCGGCAGACCAAACAAUCACAAGCAAGAUCGCAUUCGCUGGAGAAGCAGCGAAGCAGUCUCGCAAGCUAGACGAGAAGCUCACACGGACCCAAGCUCGUCUCGAGGAAGUCGAGGCGGAGAAACACCAGCUCUCACGCAAGAAUGAAGAUCUGGCCACGGAGCUGAGGCUCGCUGCGCAGAGAGAGGCGAAGCUCAAAGCUGGGCUGGACAAGGAGAAGGCGCGUGGUAGCGUUGGCGGACAGGGUGGGCUGCUUGCCAAGCUGGAAGAGCUACAAAAGAUGCACCAGGAUAGCAAAGAGAAGUGGAAGAGCUCGAUUGCAGAGGUGCGCAAAGAGCUAGAAGAGGAGAAGAAGACCGGUGACAAGGCUCAGAGAAGAGCAGGAGUAGCGCUCGAGGAGGUCAAGGGGCUCAGAGUAGUGGAGAAGGAGCAAGCGCACAAGACAAAGGAGCUCGAGAAGAAGCUCGCCGAGGAGAGGACAAAGGUGGAAGGCAUCCAGUUCGCGCUCGCCAAGGCCAAGGACGAGCUGGCUAGCCACCAGGACGAUGAUGGGCUGGUGGACCAGCUGGAGCAGAACGUUGAGCUCAUACUCAAGUCCGCAUUACACCUGGCAGACCAAAGGCAUCAGGAUCGCAGUGCACAACAAGACUUGCGCUGGAGUUCGAGGAUGGCUCUCGCCGAAAGGGACAUUGCUGUUGACGAGUGCGAGGCCGCUCGAGCAGAAACGGCAAACCUCAUGGCCUCGAACGACGAGCUUGCCGAGAAGACAGUCUCGCUUGGAGAUCAGCUGAAGGAGGCACAGUCAUUUUCUCAGCAGCUGCUUCAGCAACUCGACCUCACUCGCGCUGAUGUCUCUGCUCAGGCGCCCUCGGACGAGGCUGCUCCUCCAUGCUCUUGCACACUCAAGGACGACAGUGGUGAGAGCGUCCUCUCUUCGGACUUGCUACAACUCACCUUCCUGGAAGAAGACGUGCAGCUUUUGACGGGUCGCUUGUGCCAAACUCAGACCGACUUGGACAGCCUGCACGAGUCUCAUCUCGCACUCUUGCGCUCCUCAAAGGAAGACUCGGACGCCGUCUGCCGCCUGCGAGCCCAGCUGGCCUCCUCGCAAACCCAGCUGGAGAAGGUCACAGAGGAGAAGGUGCAGCUUGAAAGCGUGCAGUCUCGCCUUGCGACAGCGCUCGAGGACGAGAAAGUGCGAGGAAACGAGGAGGAGAAGCGACGCAGGACCGUCGAGACAGAGAAGAGGAACAUGGAGGAGAAUGCGAGGGCGGCUGUCAGAGAGGCGGCGAUGAUGCGGGAGAAGGUUCGGGGUGAAGAGGAAGAGAAGGCAGAACUUCUCGAAUCUUUGGCCUCAACAGCGCACUACCAACAGAUGUACACUACCCUCCUCUCCACCUCCCACACCCUCCUCCACCGUCUCCAAGCCUCAGAAGCCGAUCUUCACUCCCUCUCCGAGGAGAACAUGCUGUUAGCGUCGCACUCCAACCCAACGCAGAAGAUCCUCUAUCUAGACGGUCUGCGCCGGCGACUUGCUGAGAGUCGAGACGAGGUGGGUUUCCUGAAGGAUGAGGAGGGCAAGCUGAGGGAGAGGGUAAAGACGCUGGAGAGUGAGGUGAGGGUGAUGAAGGGACUCGAGGGAGGCAAGGGAGGCAGGGUCAGGAGGAUCGUCUCGGCUGGUGUAGGUGGCAAGAAGGAGAGGAGACGCAGCUCUGCUCUGAUGCCGGUAGCCUACUCUUCUCACCCUGCUCCGCUCCAAGUGCAGAAGAGCUCGGCAGUCCCGCAGCCGAAGGGUCGAGCACGACCAUCGAGGGUUUCUCUGUUGCCAUCUGCACCUGCUACCAACAGCUCUGUCGAGGCGCAGGAUGACUGGAGUUCAGACGAAGAAGAAAGGGACGACAGCUCAAGCAUGAGACGUGGGGACGACGAAGAGUUCACCAUGCACGAGUUGACGUACGGAUCUCCUCGCAAGUGAGCAUGGAUGCGCCUUAUUGUAGGCCCUCGCUGUGCUGCCUUCUUUCUUUUCACCUGUCGACCACUUAGCUAUAUGAUACCCAGAC